AGACCUCGUGUGGAUAUUAAACUGAUGUGGCGAAGUGGGCAAGAUGGAGGCCAAAAAUUAAGUGAAAGGGAAAGAAGAUUCUCUUAUCAAAAUAAAUAAAUAUUAAUGAUUGUCAAGUGAAUUUCUUCAUAACAAGCGACUUAAUUUCCAGAACUUGAUAAUUUAUUAUGGUUCUGUAACUAGGAUGGUAAACAUGUAGUGGCAUUAAUGAGAAUAAAAAGUAAUUCUAUUUUUCUUCAUCUACUUAAAAUUUUUAUUAAGCUAGAAAACUGAAGAAACUUUCACAAUGUUUGUGAAAGAUCCUUGUGGAAUAUUAUGCAUAUUAAUAACAUACAUAGCAGUGUUUUAUGCAGAUUAUGUUAUAAUUAAAUGGAUUGUUUUUCAAACAAUGUCGGACAGUCUAUGGGGUACAUUUAACGUUGUAAUGUUCAAUACUGUAAUAUUUUUAUUAUUGAUUUCACAUAUCAAAGCUGUCAUGACUGAUCCUGGUACUGUACCUCUUCCACAGAGUAGAAUAGACUUUUCAGAUAUGCAUUCUUCUGAUUCUGGUAAGAGUGGCUGUGAAUUUGUGAAUUGGACAGUUUGUGCAAGAUGUGAAACAUACAGACCUCCACGAGCACAUCAUUGCAGAAUAUGCCAAAGGUGUAUAAGAAGAAUGGAUCACCAUUGCCCUUGGAUUAAUAACUGUGUGGGAGAGAGAAAUCAAAAGUAUUUUAUUCAAUUUUUAAUUUAUGUAGGCACCCUAUCUGUUUAUGCUAUAACAUUGUUGGGCAUAUCUUGGGUAAAUGGUUGUGAGGGAUGUAGUGAUGAUAUUCCAUCUAAAGAAGCUAGAAUAUUACACAAUAUAAUACUCUUUCUGGAAAGUGUCUUAUUUGGAUUAUUUGUUGCUGCCAUUUUGAUUGAUCAAAUGCAGUCAAUCUUAAGUGAUGAAACAGCAGUAGAACAAAUUCAAAAGAAGGGUCCUUAUAGACCGUAUAAACCCAAAAUGGUUUUACUCAGAGAAGUUUGUGGCAGAGAACAUCCUUUAUUAUGGUUGCUUCCUUGUUCCGCAGUGCCAAAGAAAGUUGACAUACCACUGAUUGAUUAUCAAGUUUAAAAUUCUUGCAUUUUAAUUAUGGCUUACGUUAUUCUUCAAUCAAUAACAAUGUGAUUAUUUUAAUGGUAAUUAAUUUAAUUUUACUUGUAUAACAACGAAAUAAGACCAAAAUGAUAUUUUUCUAAUAACAAUUUUGAAAUCAAUAUUUAAAAAAGGUAUUAUUAAUUCUAAAAAUUUGAAGUUGAAAAAUGCAAAGCAUCAAUUUAGGUCACUAGCUUAUUGUGAAAUAAGCAUUCGCAAAGUUAAGCUUAUGCAUAUGUUAAAAUUAUUACAUCUAAUACUAUCACUUUUCUAUAUCAAGAUUGACCAUGUUCAUUGGGAGUUUUUUAACUAAAUACAUUCUGGCAAUACUCUUUUUUGUUUAGAGAGUCAUAUUUUAUAAUUUUACAUAUAAAUAGUGGUUCAGAAUUUAUACAUUGGUUCAAAAAUCCAAAAAGAGCGAUUUGUUGUAAAUUUCAUGAUGUUUAGAAUUGGCAACAAUAUCUUUAUCUUUCAUUAUAUAAAUGCACAAAAGUAACAACUUUAUUAAAAAUCGAUAAUUCUCGUCUGGAACUCGAAUGUCUUCACUUGGCAAUGACGCUUACUAUAAUUAAUAUAUCUGGCUGGAGCAUGCAACCUUGCACGAUUUAUAAUUAUAACUUCCGAAUUCUUUAUUAAAAUUAUAUUGAUAAUUUUUUUCUUUUUAUAGUGCGGACCCUAUUAUGUUUAAUAAAAAUAGUUUAGAGAAUAUUUACUACCAGUUCAUAGACCACAUAGCUAAUUAACUUUUUAUUUAUUAAUUCACUUUUUAAAUAGAUUCAAACUUGUAGAGAGUUAAUUUUUAUCUAAAUGUAUUUGAGGAACAUGAUACUUAUGUUUGAAGAAACUUUUACUCUUAAUGUUUAAUGUUUCUUAAGCCUCAAAUACAAAAAAAAUGUGUUAAUAAUUAUUAUAACUAAAUAUAUUAGAUAAAACCUGACAGCGAUGAAUAUGUGUUUAUAGUGAUUUCAGAUCCAGCUUUUUAUAAGCUUAAAAGGUCUAUUCGUGGAUGUCUUUGUAUAUAAUACAUACACUUUUCUCUAAAAUCCAAUAAUAAAGGAAAUACUACCCUUUACAAGGGUGAAUGAAUAUCUGCUAACUGCUUAGAAUUAACUAAUACAUAUUUUGGGAGGGUUUAUAAGAUAUUGGGAUAAUUACUUUUAUUCAACUCCAUACAAACCUCCAUGUGAAUACAGGGUAGUAUAGAAAUCUAAUAAGUAUAAUGAUACAUUCAUCUAAUUUCUGCAAGCACUCUUUUUGUGUAGAAAAAACUAUGGAAACAAUUUUAAUAAUAAUUGUUUUGAACAAUUAAAAAAAAUGCUAUAAUAACUCUCACUAGCACACUACCCAGUAUUCAUAUGUAAUGAGGUAGAUCGUGUUAAGAUUUUAAGCAUCCUUAUGUCUUAUAAUCAUCCCUAAAAAAUGAACUGUGUAAUCAUAAACAUUUUUGUUGAUAUUUGAAUCACACUUUUGAAGGUUGUAUUAUCUAGUUUAAGAAAAAAGUGUACAUACAGAAAGUACUAUUUUUUUGAACGUACCAGCAGCUCUACAAAUUGAUGUAUAAAAUUCUGUACCACCUUGUAUAAGUAAUACAGAAGUUAUUAAGAAUAUUUUUGUGAAAUUGAACAUAAUAUAUUUCUUGGAAUUGUUUCAUCAUUAUGUCAUAACGUGUAUAUACAAAUUGUAUUUUAUUAUUAGUAAUGAUGGAAAUUCUUUUAUAAAAAUAUUUCCUUUGGCUAUAAACCUUUCUUAUAACUGAAAAUUUGACAUUUUUACACCUUUCAUACACUUUGAUACGUUUUAUACUUCUUCCCCUUUUUAUACUUGCAUUAUCACAUUACAUGUUUCUGAACUAAGCUUUCUAUCACUAAGUACAGAUACAAAGAGACCAAACAUAAUGUUGAAAAAAUUGAAUUAAUUUGAGGGAGCAGAUUUUUUACUGGUAGACUGGUUACCCGCUUUCGGAGUUAUAAAUAAAGCUACUUUUCCAAAAUUCUGAUUUUCCUUUCGAAGACCAGAAAUUGCGCUAUAGGAGUAUGUAUACUUCAUGAGGGCAAUAAUUUUUUUCAACUUCCCAAUAUAUUAUAAUCCAUCAAUACAACACAAACAAUAAUGGGUAGAUAAUAAGCAAUAGGUAUGACAAUUAAAAGACAGUACAUAUCAAGUGAUGUAACUUUUAAAGUUAGUCUACUACCACAGUAUAGACUAAUUUUUACAUUAAACGUUUUUAAUGUAUUUCUAGCACUAAAUAACUAAAUCUAAUGGUGAGUUUACGCAUGCAGGGAUUCAGUGUCUACAAUAAAAAUUAUCGCCCCAGUAAAUUAAAUUAGCAAGUGUAAGGAACGACUUGUAUAAAAAUUUUUAGUUUGAUCUUCGUUUCGCUAAAGCUUUCAAGUUUUCUUGAUUGUUAUUUAAUAAUAUUAUGGCUAAAAAAGUGCUAAUAAGAACUGAUAAUCACAUUUCUUGAUACCUGUGCGUAUGAAAUAUACAGGGUGUCAAACAUAAGGUGGCCCAUAUUUUUUUCUCAAAACCUGUAAGUGUUAUCAAAAAACUUUAAUUACAAAAGUUUUUUGCAUUUGAAGGAAUUCUUAGAUUAUUGACUUUUGAAUUAUACAGUAUUGACAUCAACUUUGGAAUUUUAAAUGGAACACCCUAUAUUUUAUUGCGUUUUUUGAUUUAGUGGUAAAAACAAAGGCAACUUUCAUGAGACUGACCCAUUUGAUUUCCGCACGGUUUAGGCAGUAUUUGAGGUUGUUUGAAUUUUUAUUUGGUAUCAUUUGCAGAAUGAAUUUUUAAACACAAAAUUUAGGUUUAUUGAAUCUUUGUUAUUUUCUAGUCUAGAAUCAUACUGGGUGUAUUUUUUUACUGUAUGCGCUUCGAUUUUUGUAGAUAAAAUCUCAUUUUUUUAAAUGGCACACCCUGUAUAUUAUACCUUUAAUAGAACACGCAUAAAAAUAAGAAUCUUCUCAUACAUACAUGUCCUAUACCUAUAUAUAAUGGUUGUGGAAUUAUUUGACUUUUUCUAAUUUUUUCGUUAAUUCUAUAUUGAAAAUAAUGUAACACACUGAGUAUUACCUUUUUGAAAACUACAUAGAAAAUGUUCAUAAAAAAUAAAAAGCUAUAAAAAUAUCGAAACUCAUACAGAAUAAAAACACCCUAGACUAGAAAAUCACAAAGAUUCAAUAAACUUAAAUUUUGUGUUGAAAAAUUCAUUCUGCAAAUGAUACCACAUAAAAAUUCAAAUAACCUCAAAUAUUUUCUAAACUGUACGGAAAUCUUGUAAAAGUUGUUUGUUGUUUUUACCAUUAAAUUAAAAAAUAGGGUGUCCCAUUUAAAAUUCCAAAGUAGAUGUCGAUAUUGUAUAAUUCAAAAGUCUAUAAUCUAAGAAUUCCUUCAAAUACAAAAAACUUUUGUAAUUUAAGUUUUUUUAUAACUCUUACAGGUUUUGAGAAAAGUAUGUGGGUCAGCUUAUGUUUGACCACCUGUACAUAGACAAAUAUAGUCGUGAAAACGCUUAUCAAAAACUUUUGAAUUUAUGGAUAUUAAAAGCUUUGGAAUUGCUGAAGUUAAAUAAAAAAUAUGUAAUUUGAAGAAGAUUUUUAUAGUUUGCAAGCAAGAUCCUAUGCUGCGAGUUGUCCUAGAAGUUUUACCGAAGCACUAAGAGUAUGUCGACGCAUGGUUCAACCCAAACUUUAGGAAAUCCAUGUGAAAAACAGUUUGAAAAAUGAAAAUUGUGUGCAAAUUAUUUUUGUUUUCACACCUGGUCAAGUAGAACUGACACAAUUGAAUCCAUGCAUGUGUAAACUCACCAUAACAUAGACCUUUAUAUUGGUGAGUGGCUGUAUUGGUUAUAAACCAUGGGAGUACUAGUAUCGUUUUUAGGGUUUUGGACUAAAAUUUCUAUAUAAUUUCAAUAUUUAAAUUUGCUGUUCAGGGGGCAAUAAUAAUAACGGUAUCGAUGCUACCUAAAUUCUUGCAUAGCCAGUAUACAUAUAAAUAUUGUAAAAAGACUAUACCGUUAGGUCUCCUUGUAUCUAUACUUCAUACUUUCAAUGAUGAUCUUUAAAACAUCACAAUACUAAAUGUGUUGUAACCAAGCUGGAGAAGUUAUUUUUUUCCUUGUAACUUGUCCUUUGCUCUAUAUGAUUACGAAGAAUAUUAUAGAGAGGAGUCAAAUGUUCUAAAUUGCUCUGAAGAGAAUAUUCUAGAGCAACAGGGUGAGGAGUAGAUAGAAUUUACAAAUAUAUCAUCAAUAAUAUGAAACUAACAAUGUGUUAUAUAUUUGUAAAUUAGAAACUGGUUAUAUUAAUUCAAAUGUUUAUGUCAAAGAUAUAGGUAACUAACGUAUAAAAAAACUAUAAUACUAUGUUUUUUAAACUUUGUGUCUUCUAUUAUGUUAUUUGUUGUAACAGUGUCACCUCACACAUCUUCAGACCAAAGAUUCUACUCUGGAUAUAGGAGCAUUAGUUACAUUUAUAACCAAAGAGGUUUCAGUCUAUACUAUAUGGUUUUUAAGCUAAAUAGAACUGAACUUCUUUACUUAAAAGAUCAAUACUUGCAUUUAAAAUUUGAAAACUAUUUCGAACGUAUGACUGUUCUUGACAAAACACAUUAUCACGUUGGACAAUGUUGGAAUCCAAGGCGUUAGUCGAUAGUUCACCAGCGUGAUCAGUCACUUCAUGUGACUCCACAGAAGAGAUGUCAAAUCGCAUUUGCUCGGGGGAUAAUUGACAAGUCCACUUCUCAAAAUUUGGUUUCAAUAAGUCAAUGCUUGCGUUGAAAGAUGCCACCAAUGUGUAAAUCGUACAAAACGGUGUAUUUUUCUACAAAUAUUGGAGUCUGUUGUUGUAAUUUUGUUUCUAACAAACCCGUAAAACAAAAAUAAGCAUCAUUCAUGCAUAUGAUGGUCUCGUGACUUAAAUUCCCUGUACUUGUUGGAUCUUAUACGGGUGUAGGCCAAUAUAUUUGCAAGAGUAUCAAUAUCAAUUCCUACAUAAGAAGACUUCUUUCCAAUCCAUUCAUGAUCGAGUAAAUUGAUCAUAAUUGACAAGUUAUGAGCACUGCAUGACAAUUAACCCUUUUGUAAGUUCUAUCGGCCUUUAAGGAAAAUACAGGGUGGCGCAAUAGAACGUGCAUUUAUUUAAGUAUAGGUUAAAAAAAUAAAUUCAUAAGGUAUUGUUGAAAUAAAAGUAAUUAAAUGAAGUUUAUUUUUCAAAAAUAACAUCAUCUAAAUGACGGCACUCCUCUAAACGCGAACGCAGAUUUGUGAAAACUCUUGUCAAAAAUCUGGGCUGAUUGCUGUCAUUUCCUUGCGGAUAUUUUCCUUUAGCUGACUAAUGUCCCUCGGAUUAUUCAUUUAGACUUUAUGUUUGAGGUGUCCUCAUAAAAAAAAUCAAGAGGUGUCAAGUCAGGGCUACGUGGGAGCCAAGGGAUAUCAUCUCUUCUGGAAAUUAGUCUUGCAGGAAACAUCUGUCUCGCAGCCGCCAUAGAGUCAUUUGAUGUGUGACAGGUCGCUCCGUCUUGUUGGAACCAAGUUCUCGCAUUCGCUAUUCUUUAUCUCGCAAGUUCUGGAGUCAAAUAUUCUUCUAACAUCGCAACAUAGCGAUCGGUGUUAACGGUGAUGUAGCGUCCUCGUGAAUCUUCAAAGAAGAAAGGGCCAAUAAUUCCUUUGCUUGAGAUUGCUGCCCACACCGUUGCUUUCGGACUAUGCAGUGGUUUUUGAUGUUUCAUUUUUGGAUUUUUUUCGACAAUUUUGUUGUUUUACGAACCUAUUUAAAUGAAAAUGAGCCUCAUCUGAAACAAUGAUGUUGUCAAAAGUGGCAAAUCGACUAAGCAUUUCUUCGGCAAAUGCCAACCUUGCUCCAAAGUCGGUAUGUUUUAAUUCCUGUGUUAACUGAAGCUUAUAAGGAUGCAAUUUAAGAUCCUUCACUCUAUCAAUAUUGUCUGUGAUCCUAGACGUUCUUGAACGAUCUUUUGCUGGUGGUUUAAACGUGGAACCGGUCUCUUCAAAACGCUUAAUCCAUAUUUUAAUUUACAUAUUCUGAAUGAUACAGUCGCCUUGUCAAGACAUAUAAACGACAGUUCCCGUAAACGUGCGAACACAAAAAGCGCGACGCUUUCCGUCGAAGGCUACUAAAACUCCACAAGGGCAACUAUCCAACCACGCUAGUUCUAUUGCGCCACCCUGUACAUAAUACAGUGAAAUGUUUUAUAUCGACUAGGGUUGUAUAAAUAAAAAUCGUUUUUCAAAAUAUUCUUUUCAAAUAGUAAUUGAUAUAAUAGUAUAUUAUUCAAUGAGUGAGUGAUGAUGGACAUUAUUAAUGGAGAUGAUUUUGCAUCAUGUAAUUCAUUCAAAUGAGUAAUAGCUAUCACACAGGAUCUUUAAUCAUAAUAAUUACAUAUUAUCCUAUAGCUAACCUGUAUCGAGCAACAAAUAGAAUUUUUAUAAUUAUUUAUUGUGAUAUUUGUACACAAAAUAGUGAAAUGAUAUCUGUAUGUAUGUACCUAUUGUGAACUAGCAAAACGGUUACUAACUUAUUUAAAAUUUAAAAAAAAAAGUAUAAUCAUACCAUUGAUAUACCUUUUAUCGAUGAAAAUGUAGUUGUUGGAAUAACCAAAUAAUUGUUUAAGUCAAAUUAGAACCCUUUUUAAUAAUUUUUUUCUUUAGUACUGAUUCGGGUAUCUUUAAAAUUCCUUAAAUCUGGAAAUAAGCGUUUAAUUUGUGUUUUUUAGGUGAAUCCAUAAAAAUUUAUGUUUAUUUUUGUUAUCUACUAGUAUUAUUUUAAAAAUUUAGUGCAAAAAUGGUUAAUGAAAAUUAAACGUUUCUUAAUGAAGAGAUAUACUCACCAAUCCGAAGAAAUGUUUCCAUAAUAUGAUGGUAUUCUCCUUCCUCUAAGGAAAAGACACUCUAUUAACAUGCAGUAUUAAUUUCUAAAUACUAAAAUAUGUCAAAGUUUGAAAUUACUUAUUAAGAAAAAUAAUUUUUUUCUGACUUAAUCACAAAUAGAUUUUUUGUGAAUUUAAUAGGACUCAAAAUAUCGUGUAUUAUAUUUUUUGUUUUCACAAAUAAUUUGAAAUCACUUCGCACAAAAAAUGAUUAUUAAGUAUUAUCAUUUUUUACUUAUUUUCAACUACAUUGAAACCUAUCAAUAAAUACAAAACUUUGGAAUAUUCUUAAUGUUUAUCAUAAAAGAAACAGAUUAUUUCAGUGAUUAUUAUGUUUAUUGAAUUUAUUUGUAAUUCUUAAUGGGAUUGAUUAAAUAUUAUACACUCUUCGACAAAAUUAACACACUUUAUUUGGUCAAAACUUUCAACAAAAGAAUUUCAAUUGAGCUCAUUCUUUAACUGAAUUAAAAGCACCCUAUCAUGUUUACCAAACUUAUAUCUUAGAUCCGAAUGGUGUGCUGCAGCUAUUGCAUUGAUUGGAGAAUGUUUCUGACAAGUACAACUAGAAACAAGUUUUUCUAGAGUAUUACGUUUCAAGAGACAAGAAGUUAUUAAAGAUCAUGUCGAAUUUGUAGGCGAAUAAUUGUUGCCCUAGUUAAUAUCGGCAUGACUACUGAUUGCUAGAUAUAAUUUGGAGUCGAAAAACCACAUUGUACUGUUAUUAAUUGGAUUCAGAUUUACUAUUUGGCGAUUAUAGCUUCUAACGAGUACAAGGGGUACGAAUUUUCCAUUCUAGAUCAUUAAAAAGGUUCCAAGAGACAAGGAGAUACCAAAAACGCCAGAUCGGAGCUGUAGGCGAGUGCUUGAACUGAACUUCCAUUAACUUUAGCAUGAUUACUAAUUGCUAGGUAUAAUUUGGAGUGGAAAGCGCCACUUGCCAAUGUACUGUUUUUGAUUGAGUUUGAUUAUUACUAAUAGCUAAGUAUCUUUUGUAGUGGAAAGACCGCCAGUUGUCAAAAAUGUACUGAGUUUUGACCUUCGUGAGAGCCCUCUAAACUCGAGCGUUCUCUGGACUGGCCAGAAGCAUAUGUUCACCGCAGCAACUCUUGCCUUGAUCUCUGUUGUCACGUCAUUAUCUUAGUUAUUAAGGCUAAGAUAUUUGAAUUGGUGGAACACAAGAUGUUCUCUGAGUUGGAACGUGGUUUGGGAGGUCGGUGUCCUCUUAGAAGUUCUCAUGUAUGUACAUGGUUUUCUGUUCAUUGAUUUUGAGUGCUUUUGCUUCAAUUGCUCGCCCGAACCUUUCAACCGCUCCCGAAAGGGCCGAAGUGUCAACAUCAUCCGCUUAGACAAGGUGCCGUGUGAGCCUAUUGCAAAUAGAUCCUCCUGGAUACCCUUGUGAUAGUGUUGUCGCUAGUGGGUUCUCCUGACACAAGCCUGCGUUCAUAGUAAAAGUCCCCGAUACCUUAAUUCUGCAAGAUUCCUCAUUGUCAUUCUAACUAUACGCACCAUCUUCUCUGGGAUGCCAAAUCCCACCAUGUCCUCAUCCAGCUGGUCUCUGAGGAUACUGUGGUAUGCCUGGAGGAAGUUAAUGAAAAGGUGGGGGUAGUAGGUUUUCUCUAGUAUUUGACGGAGCGUAAAUAUGUGGAACGGUUACGACGGAAACCGUACUGAUACUCACCUUCUUUCUCCAUGUACUCUACCAGCUUUUGGUUCAACCAGGAGGUAAGUAUUUUGUAGUCUGUACACAGCAAAACGAUGCCCCUGUAUUAUUGAAUGACAUUAGAAGUAUGAUGAAAUUGGUUUCUGAAGUAUCCAAAAUGAUAGUCAAAAGAUUUUACUUAAGCUGGGGUAAAUAUAAAGAUUAGAAGAGGAUAAACAGUCUGGUAAACAAGCUUUACUUGAAAUUUCAACUCACUUUACCAGCUAUGGUUAAAAAUUUAGCAAUAUAUUUGUUGGGAAUAAGAAUGAAUGUACUAUCAUCAGCCACCAUUCAGAUAAAUUAACCAUUUGCUUACAAACGCUAUCUUGAUAAUAAACUUAAGGGUAGAAAAGUUUCGCUUGCUCUUUGCUUAUUCGUAUUAAACGUUAGUUAAUUUACAUGUGGUACAAAUCAAAAACAACGCGACUUAUAUGUGAUUUUUGUUUAAAUUGAAUUAAUAUUCUGCUAGAAUGGCCAUUAGAGCAUCUGUUGUCCCGCACUUAAAAAAACCAUUUUUUUCUAGUUUGUUAAAGGGGUGCUAAUAGAAAAUUUUACAUAAUUAGAUGGUACAAAUUAGAAUAAAGCUAACUCCUUAAUUUAAUUAACCUGGCGUUAUAUAUGUGGGGUUUAAUAAACUCCAGUUGCGGAAAGCUCUUUGAAAAUAAAACCAAAUGUAAAGCUAUGCGUGUGUCCGUCCCUGUAGCUUUCCAAAUAUGUAUCUACCCUCUCAACUCAGUACUCGGUUGACCUGAAUAAAAGUAUGCGCUGUUAAAACGUUCUGGGGUGUAUUAAACCCCACCCAUGUAUUCGUGUAACUAGUGUUGUAAAGUAUUAUUUAUUGUGAGUUCUACGCAUGUUAAAUGAUACCAAAAAGUUAAUUAAAAUCUUUCUUCAGAAAUACCGAUCAUGUCUUACGAGGAGGAACAGAAAAAGCUCCUGGCGUUAUGGGCUGAGACAGAAACUGAUGAUGACGUAGUGAUUUCAGGGAGCGAAAAUGACAUUGAUUUGGUUUUUGAAAAUGAUCCCAAUUUUAGUAGAUCAAACGCCAAACAAUGUUACGGACAAAGAAACAUCAAAGGGUGAAACUCGAAGUGAUUUGGAAAAUUCAAAUGUAAUCCUCCUUCAAAAAAACAAAAAUAUGUAUGUUGGAAAAGAUGAAAAUGUUUGAACAAGAGCAGAAAACAUCAUUACUUAUUUGCCUAUUGUUGAACAAAUUGCAAAAGAUGCUAAUAGUGCUUUAGAAUGUUGGAACUUGUUUUUCGAUAGUUAGAUGAUCGAUGACUUAGUAUUAAUAUGAAAAUUGAAAAAAAAAAUCCGUUUCAUAUCAAAAUAAAUCUAUUGUAAAAGCUACCAGUGCUCAAGAACUAAAUACAUUUUUCGGAUUUCUUUAUUUUGCAGGAUUUGCUUCAAAAAUCGUAAAGACUCUUAUACUUCUUCACAAUAUCUGACAAUAGUUGAAAAGCUUGAGUCAUUCCGUGGAAGAUGUUCCUUCAAACAAUAAAUCCCAAAUAUACCGGCCAAAUAUGGGAUCAAAGUACAUCAAGCCUUGGUUGAUGCCCGUUUCUACUACGUUCUAAAUAUGGAAGUGUAUCCAGGCCAUACAGUGUUAGUAACUCUCCAAAAAAUAUUGUAGAUAGGCUUGUACAACCGAUUUCUGGUUUAAACCGAAAUGUGACGUUUUAUAAUUCGUACACUAGUUAUAAUUUAAUGACAAAGUUGCUCAAGGAUCCCAGCGGAAUUCAUAUCAGUACGAAAAAAGGGAACCAAAUUCGUCGUUAUUUGGCUUUCAGAAAGAUAUUACAUUUUUAUCUUAUACGCCCAAAAAGAACAAAAAUGUUUUGUUAAUGUCCACUAUGCAUCAUGAUGCAACUAUUAACAAGGAAACUUCUAUAAUUUUACUAAAUCGGAGUAGAUGUCGUCGAUGAACUAUCGUCAACGUAUAAUGUUUCAAGAAAUUCACGUAGAAGGCCACUUAAAAUUGUUUUUUCUAUACUGAUUACAGCUUCUAUUAAUGCUCUUGUGAUAUACAGAGAAAACAAUCGAGAUUACAAACUUUGAGAAGGAUUUUUAUCAACAUGUUGGGCCUACAACUGAUCCAAGGACAGAUUAUUGAUAGGAAGAAUAACCCGAGGGUUGAAGUAACGUUGAAGUUCCACUGGCCAAGGUUUCAAAGGUUAUAGGAACGUGUUUCGUAUGCCCAAGAAGUCGAGAUCGCAAAACUAAAUACUCCUGUGGACGCUGCCACUCAUUAUUAUGGAUGGAGCAUGCAGUGCUGAGAUGUGAAAAUUGUGUUAAUCCAGACAAGGAGUCAUGACUUGCAUGUAACUCUCAGAUAUAUUUAUGAAUUUGCUCCUUUGUUGUUUUUUUUAAACAUUUUUAAGGGCUAGAUUUUUUACUUUUAUUUAACUGAUUUUCAUCAGGACAAAAUAUAAAUGAUUCUUUUGUUUAGUUUUUUUUACAAAUAAAUUUUUGAUAAAGUGUUUUUGUGUGUUAUUUUGAUUUCGAGAUAAUUGCUUAAGAAUAUAAAAGUAUAAAAUAUUGGAAAAUUAAAAGUCAAAGGAAAUGUUAAAAUUUGGAAAAUGGGGUUUCACAGACCCCACGUAUGUACUAGUGUAAGAAUUUUCCACCUAUGUAACGCCGGGUUAAAAGAUUCAAUUUUUUUGUCAUGAUAACUUUCCCGAAAAGCACGUUUUUUUUUCUUUUUUUAUCGCUUUUUUGGUGGCGGUAAAUAGUAUUUUUCUGUUAGUACAAAAGAAACGUAGCUAACCAUGUGCGAUUUUUCUAUAGAACCAAUCAGGGUUUUUCCUAUCGAAUAUUGUUUAAUAGUAGUUGGAAUCCGCUGAUCGUGUAACACCUUUCACAUUUCUAUAUACAUAAUUCUGAUCACUCUGUAUAAUCACAAUUUGGCUUACUACUUAUUCUAACUUAUAGAUUCAUUGAUUGAUGUCAUACAAUAAAAUUAUUAAAAAAAAACUAGUAACAACCCUUAUCAAUUCACAUUUUCUGGAUAUAAGUUUAACACUUAUUAACAGAUUGUAUAUUACAGUUUCUUUAUUUUUUAAUGACUAAUUUAGGUAUUAAUACAAUAAAUAAGAAAUUUUUUAAUAGUGUCAAAUUUGUUAUUAUAAUGUAGGCAUCUGUUAGUAUCAUCUCGAAGCUAUUUUUUUUAAAUAUCAAGAUGUGAUUUACUUUUGCAACGGGUACAUAUAUAUGUAAGAUAUACUUUUGAUUAUUUUCACUUGUUUAUUUAAUUUUGGACAAAAUUUAUCGAAUCAUUAUAUUGUGAAAUUAGUUGAAUUUUUUUAACAAGAAUUUCACUAAUAAUACAACUAUAAUAGUUUGAUAGAAAAGACAACUUACAGUCAAUUAUUUUAAUUCAAGCAUUAAGACAUUUGGCCCAUUUUUUUCAUUUCUGUAUAUCUUUGGUUGUGUUUUACUUUUUGUGAAUAUUUAGUCUUAUUGCUAAAAGUACUUUAAUUUAUAUCUAUACAAUGAGUUAUAUACAGUGAAAUAUAUAUUUUUUUGUUUAGUAGUUUCAUUUAUUAUACCUCUCGAAUUUAAUGACAAAAUAAUCCUUAAUUAAGCACAAAAUACAUAACCUAACCUAACUCAAAUUUAGAUCAUUUAUUCAUAUACAGUCGACUUUCGUUAAUUCGAACCUUUCUAGUUAUCACGAGUUCCCAAAAUCUGUUUAUAUUUAGAAAUAAAUCAAUACAUUUUUAUGCACUUGGUAGUUCGAAUGAAAAAAUCUUUAUUAAAGGUUCGUUCCAACCCAAGAAUAGUUCACCAAUAGGAUUGAUCAAUCCCAUAAGACGUACAUACGCCAAUUCUUGAGCCAAGGUCAAGUGAUGCUUACGUCACCUGCAGACCUCGACGGCUUGUUUACCAUUUACGCUGUGCGGUAUUGCUUGUGUUUUUGUUAAUUCGAAAAGGUCGUACAAGUGAUUGAAGAGUUGGAAAUUCGUUUUUUACUUAGUUCUACGUUUUAAAAACUAUUAUUUGUGUGUAUUAUAUAUGUGGAGAAUAGUGAACAAAGACAAUAUUAUUGUUUAAGGCAAAAUAAUCUUGUGAGACUUUCAAGGGUAGGUAAAAAUGUUUUGUUAUAUUAAAGCUGGAUUUAAAUAGCAAAAUAAAAAUUAAAAUCCAAGUCAGUUACUGGCUGAAAGAAAACCAGCUGAGCAGAAAUGACAAUUUAAUUGGCUUAUUUAAAUUUCUGUUCUUUAUACACCACAAUAAAAAAUUAAAAAAAUGGGCGAAUCAUAACAGCGUUUUUGGUCGGUUGGUUUGCAUUUGUCCAGCAACUAAUCUAGAUUUUUAUUUUACUUUUUUUUGCUAAAUGAAACUUUGUUUGUUUGAUUUUAGUGCAUGUAGUAUAUGUCCAAAAAUCAAAAUGCCUGGUACACGUUGUGCUGUGUAUGGUUGUGGUAAUACCUAUAAAACAAGGCAGCAAGAACAUGAAUAUUUUAUAUUUCAUCGGUUUCCCAAAGCUAAAGAUCUUGUUUCCCAAACUAUGAGAAAAGAAUGGAUAUUACGAUGCAAACGGGAAGAUAAAUUUAACCCUGAUACUAGCUACAUCUGCUCAGUUCAUUUCACAGAAAAGGAUUAUGAAAGAGACUUACAGAAUGAAUUAUUAGGUUUACCACUACGAAAAAUAUUGAAAAAAACCGCUGUUCCUACUUUGUGAUUGUAUUCAAAAAAAUCAACAAGUGAAGCUAGUAGUUCAAGCAUCAGUUCCAGAGAAGAAAGACUGGUUUAAAUCAUUUCAUUUGUUUUUACUUUUUAAUUUUUAGUUUAAAGUUUGUUAAUGGCUUCUGUUUUACUAAUUAUAAAAUACAGAUCAUUUUAAAAAAUAAUUCAUUUUCUUUAAUUUCUUUUCUUCAUUGUAUACCUAUUAUAAAUGGAACUUAAAAUUAACUGAAUAAUUGGAAAUUGGAUUUUAAAUUAAUAUUAAU